UGUGUAACUCGUGAUAUUGCUGACUAUUAUUGACCGUCAUCUUAAAAUUGCCGCGCAAUUCGGCUAUCCAAAGAAAUCUCUUUAGAUGGCGCUCGUCAUUUUUUCACUUUCAGUUGCGUGUUUCAAUGUGCGCCUCAAAACUACAAAAAUGUGCGUUUGUGAACCAUAGUUGACUUGUUAUAUAACUCCUAUAAACUACAACACCCACACUCCACCGCUGUAAGCAGUAGCCUACGAUGACGCUGAAAAACGUCGACGAAGAAGAACUGUUUACAUGCGAGCGAGGGGCAUGCGGAGGACCAAAACCUGAUAGAGCAUUUGGACUAAAAUUACAGUCUAGAGAUGAGCAGCAGUGUGGCGAGCCCCAUGGCAGGCGGCAGCGGUGGCGGCGUGGCGGGGAGAGGAAGCGGAAAGGCCACCAGCUUCAUCCCAGAGCUCCAGAGCAUGAUGUUUGCCCUCGGGGACUCCAGAAGGCCCCUCCAUGAGACUGCAGCGUUAGUGGAGGACAUCGUGCACACUCAGCUCAUCAACAUGCUUCAUCAGGCUGCUGAAGUUUCCCUCCUCAGAGGAGCAAGAGUCAUAUCAGCAGAGGACAUUCUCUUUCUCAUGAGAAAAGACAAGAAAAAAGUACGGAGGCUGCUGAGGUACAUGCAGUUCCGCGACUACAAAUCCAAAGUGAUGAAAACCGUUGAGGAUGAAGACCCAGCGGACCAAGACAAGUACAGCAGCAGCAACCUGAACAAGAGGAAGCGCUUGGCACAGGACUUCCUGGCCUCCAUCGACCAGACCGGGGAGUUUCUUGCCCUGCUAGAUGAGGAAGAGGUGGACGAUGUCAAGCAGGAGAGGAUGGAGAGAAUGGAGAGACAGAGCAGAAAUAUGGACAUGGCCCAGUACACUGAGUUCUGUGAAAGUCGACAGCUCAGCUUCUCCAAGAAGGCCUCUAAGUUUCGCGAGUGGCUGGACUGCAGCAGUCUGGAAGUGAAGCCCAACGUGGUGUCCAUGGAGAUCCUGUCCUACUUAGCCUACGAGACGGUUGCCCAGGUGGUUGACUUGGCUCUGCUGGUCAAGCAGGAUAUGACUCCGAAGGCCGGCGACCCCUUCAACCACGCCGUGUCGGCCACCUUCAUCCACUACCACAACUCUGCUGCCGAGGUGCACUCGGUGAAGAGAGAGACAGACUCUCCGGACAACACCCCGCCGUCCACCCCCAGCGGCCCGCUGACGGCCGCCCUGCAGGGCAAGCUCCCCUCGCUGGCCCACGGCAACGGGGCCCCGCAGGCCCAGAGCCAGAGCCAACAGGAGGCCAACAGCAAAGCCAAGCAGAGGAAGAGGAAGAAGAGUGCAGCAGCCUGUGGCGUGGAGGCCCAGAGCAGUGCCAUCCAGCCCGCCCACAUCAGAGAAGCCAUCAGGCGCUACAGCCACAAGAUUGGCCCGCUCUCCCCCUUCUCAAGUGCCUACCGCAGGAGUGGAAUGACUUUCCUGGCCUGCUAAACCUAGAGGAAGAAGCAGAAGAGGAGGAGAAGAAUGAAGACCUGGAGGAGCGGUGACCAUUGUCUGGCUGAACAUGUGUGUGUGUGUGUGUGUGUGUGUGUGUGUGUGUGUGUGUGUGUGUGUGUGUGUGUGUGUGUGUGUGUGUGUGUGUGUGUGUGUGUGUGUGUGUGUGUGUGUUUCUCUCUCUCUCUUUCUCUCUCUCUCUCUUUCUCUCUCUCUCUCUCUCUCUCUCUCUCUCUCUCUCUUUCUCUCUCUCUCUCUUGCUCGCUUUCUGCCUUUACAAUUUUUCGUUCCCCCUGGACAUCUCUCCUGUCACUAGCCGCUGUUUACGAGCUGUGGGCCUCCAUUCAGUUCAUUUAGGAAGGAAGUGUUGCAGGCCAGUAGGAUUUGCAGCAUCGGUAAUGGCAUGACAUUUUGUGUGUCCAAAAUACAGCUUGUUUUUGUUGUUCUUCCUGAAUGUCUAGUCAAGUCUUAGGUCCGUAUUUACUUUAAAACACCUUUUUUAUAAAUAGACUGUGGUCUUGGUAUUACCCGUUUUGUUAUGUUUAUGUUUAUUUUGGUUUUUUUGUUAUUAUUUUUGUUGUGAGUCAAAUGAUGGACAAACACAUGAUUGAACUGAAAUACUCUGAUUGUUUUGUGUUGAAAAGCCAAUUCAUAUUGUAAUAAAAGUAUUAGAUUUCCAUA